CUGACGCUCGUGCAGUGACGUGUACCAUCACUGCUUCACAGUUUGGCGGAUUGUGAGACACAUCCAGAGCUUCCUCUGUCUGUCAUCUCUGGACGCCCCGUUGAGUCGUCAUGUACCGGGAUGAGAGGGUCAGUGUGCUGACCUGGGAUCAGGUGCGGCGUCUGGACUCGAUCCUGGCGGAGAGCGUCCCCAUCCACGGCCGCGGAAACUUCCCCACGCUGUCCGUGCAGCCCCGACAGCUCGUGCAGGUUGUCAAGGCUCGACUGGAGGAGCGGGGCGUGGAGGUACGUGGCGUGAAGCUGAACGGCUCUGCAGCUAGCCAUGUGUUGCACCAGGACAAUGGCCUCGGCUACAAAGACCUAGACCUGAUAUUUGGUCUGAAUCUCACUGAUGACAAAACCUUCCAGCGUGUCAAAGACGUGGUUCUGGACUGCCUGGUGGAGUUCUUGCCUACAGAGGUGAGCAGGGAGCGAGUCUCAGCCCUCGCUCUGAAGGAGGCGUACGUGCAGAAGCUGGUGAAAGUUUGUACCGACACAGAUCGCUGGAGUCUGAUCUCACUGUCCAACAACACGGGCAAGAACGUGGAGCUGAAGUUUGUGGACUCCCUGAGAAGACAGUUUGAGUUCAGCGUGGACUCCUUCCAGAUCACUCUGGACUCGCUGCUGCUGUUUGACCGCUGCUCACAGACGGAGAUGUCUGACACCUUCCACCCCACAGUGCAGGGCGAGAGCAUGUACGGACACUUCGGCGAGGCUCUGGAUCACCUUCGCUCCAGGACCAUCGCCACCCGCAGCCCAGAGGAGAUCAGAGGGGGCGGGCUGCUCAAAUACUGCCACCUGCUGGUGCGCGGCUUCCAGCCGUCGUCUGAGAUGCAGAUGAAGCAGAUGCAGCGCUACAUGUGUUCACGGUUCUUCAUCGACUUCUCUGACAUCGGUGAGCAGCGGAGGAAGCUGGAGGCUUAUCUGCAGAACCACUUUGCAGGCCUGGAGCACAAGCGCUACGAGUACCUGGUGACGCUGAGGCGCGUGGUGGACCAGAGCACCGUGUGUCUCAUGGGUCACGAGCGCAGACAGACGCUGGCUCUGAUCUCCACGCUGGCCCGGCGUGUCAUGGCUGAACACAACGCUGUUCCUGCUCUGUCCAACAUCACCUGCUACUACCAGCCUGCUCCUUAUGUCCGAGACGGCAACUUCAGCCAUUACUAUGUGUCACCUGUGACCACAGUGAGCAGCUCUUAUCAAACAUGGCUGCCCUGCAGCUGAGCGGUGACGUCACAGGUUUUACUGUUUACUGUAUACGUUUAAAGGGUACAUUGGUGUAGUACUGAAAUACUCUAUUUAUUUGUUAUGAUGUGAAUGUUGUGGAACAUGCUGCAGCAAAGCACUGUUCGGGGGGGGACGCUUUUCACUCACGCACCACCCAAACACAUGCUGAGGGCUUCGCUGAAGACAUGACUGUGGUGGCAGAGUGGCUUUAAUGUGACAUGUUGGACCAUGUGGGUUCUGAACCUGAACACAGGUGACUCUGUACCAGAAAAGCUUGUUUGUGUUUCAAAAGUCUUUUAAGAGGAGAUUUUCUAAUGUUGGGUGGAAGUUUCAACAUCAGCAAUUUAUUGUACACCUUAUCAAGAGUGUGUGCACUCAUGUUCACAUACACACUUGUGUUGCUCUCUCUCUCUCAGUGCGUACACACACACACACACACACACACCUAGAGCUAUAAGUUCCAUUUUUCCUAUUAAAAUGUUUUUCAAAUUGAGUUUUUUAACGUUUCACACCAGCAAAGUGUAAAUGUAAAAUUUACUAUAAUGUAAAAAUAAAGUUAUUUAUGCAACACAAUAUUUCAGUAUUUUUAAUACGUGCUUUAAUGCUAAAGUUUUUAAUAAAACAUAACUUCACAAAAACAAUUGUCAAUACCAUUAAAGCAACACAAUAAUGUGCUUAGAUACUGGUGAGUUCAUCAGAGGCCACGCCCCCUGCUCAUGUGGAGGCUGGUGUUAGCGCGCUCUCUGACCACAGGCUUCGUAUGACCUUUAUGACCUUUAGAAGCUCAGUGGUGGUCGCUUGUCUUUUCAUGGGUGCAGUUGAUUGUGUGUGUGUGUGUGUGUGUGUGUGUGUGUGUGGGGCCCCUAGACACACACGUCAUAGGGCCCCUAGAGACACACACACACACACACACACACACACACACACACACACACACACACACACACACACAAACACAAAACUACCGCCUCAUGAAAAAGAGUAACAUACCGAUAAAAACUUUAACCUUUUGAAAGAUAUUUGUAAUGAUGUAAACUCUGUAGCAAUGUAGCUUGUUUGGUUUAUGGCCUAGUGUGUACAACGAGUUUGUAUUGUUUCUUUCUCUUCAAAUCUUAUAUCAACAAUUCUCCUUUGAGCCACAGUAAUUAUAUUUUAUUCUCUUUUCAUUUCAUAAUGUCAUAAUGUGGACGUGCAUUGAAAAAUGAAGGCUUCAUACGUGACGCAGGAACUUGUUUUUUGUUCUGCUUCUUGUCUGAUGGAGGCUCAUGUCUUGUAUCUUUACUGACAUGUAAAUGUGUGUUUUUGUUUAGUGGAAAUAA